UCAAGGAAGGAUAUGAUGUCAUGCAAGCAGACAUAACUUCUUUAAGAGCAAAGGAAAUUAACUUUUGAUACCCACGCAUUAGUCUAGGACUUGGAAACUCAUGGGUUUGACAAAGCACAAGCAGAAACGAUUUGUAUCAGCCUUAAGCAGUUUAUCGUAUGUCAGCCUGGAUACUAUCCACAAGGAAAUGGUCACUCAAGCUCAACAGGAAAUAACAGUACAACAGCUAAUGGCUCAUUUGGACUCCAUCAAGAAAAAAAUGGUCAUCCUAAAGAAAAGCGAAUUUGCGAAUCUGAGAACAGAGAACGAGAAAAGGAAAAUUGAAUUAGACCAAGUUAAACAGCCACUGAUCAAUGAAACCAGUCGAAUCAGAGCAGAUAAUAAACUGAACAUUAACCUAGAAAGGAGCAGAGCCACAGAUAUGUUUACAAAUCAAAGAAGGAAACUUAUGGAAGUGACCAUAGGAUAUACUGAAAAGGAUAUCCAAACCAGAAGACUUGUUUCAGAGACCAGUAAUAAAAUUGAUGCUGAAAUUGCUUCCUUAAAAACACUGAUGGAGUCUAACAGGCUGGAGACAAUUUGCUAUCUGACAGCCUCAGGGUUUACUCGCCUCAAAACAGCCAUGGGGUUUUAUAGAUUCUGGAAAUAACAACAAAACUACUAUAUUAUGUUCCUGCUACCUCUGUGGCUGACUUUUUAGAACGCUACACCACGGGUCUGUUGCACUAGCGCUGAGCUUUGGCAG